AUGCUGAUGCCAGCUUACCUCCUGCUACUCCUGCUGCUACUCCUGGGAGGCCCGAGGACAGGCCUCUCCAGUAAGUUCUAUAAAGCUGGGCCGGUCUUCAGCUGCCUCAACACAGCCCUGUCUGAGGUCAAGAAGAGCCGGCUGGAGGAUGUGCCCCUGCUGAGCAAGAGGAGCUUCAACUACCUGCCCAGUCAAGACCCAUCCUCAGGAGAGAAGGAGGAGAAGGAAGAAAAGCAGGACAAGGGCAAAAAGACUUUCCCUGGCUCUGCAGGUCGGGGUGUAGCUGGAAGCACCCGAUACAAAUACCCAUCCCAAGCACAGCACAAAGGGAAGCAGUACCAGGACAAGACCAAAAGCGACCGGCGCACCAAGUUCACUCUGUCACUUGACGUUCCCACUAACAUCAUGAAUAUCCUCUUCGACAUUGCCAAAGCUAAGAACUUGAGAGCCAAAGCAGCUGCCAAUGCUCACCUGAUGGCACAGAUUGGGCGGAAGAAGUAG